UGAUAUCUCUCCCUGUGAGAAUAUAAUAAAUCUACUUUACUGUAUCUAAUGAUAGGAUAGUAUUCAUAACAUGGAUAUAAGUGUAUUUAGCAAGUUCCCUACUGUUUAAAUGUUUCUACUGUUUUGGUAUUACACAUAAUGUUGCUAAAACAUUCUCUUACAUCUUUGUCUGCUUCAGUAAAUACUGUUGUAAGAUAGACUUAUAGAUGAGGAAUUGUCAGUUCAGAGUAGAUGUGCCAAUCAACAAUUUGCCCACUUAUCAGUAACACUACACACAUCGUGUGAGCACAUGCACCAACAUACAUAUUAUCACCUGAAAAUAUAAAUACAGAUGCAAACACAGGUGAGCACUUCAUUAAUUCUAAAAUUCAUUUGAGAAUUUGGCACCAUGAAGGUAUAUAGCCACAUACCCUCAGGUAGGCAAGACAGGGGAAUGGCAGAGGUACCUCGGUAGAAAGUAGAGGAGAAGAAGAAGGGCUGGUGGUCCAGCGAAGUCAGUUUCCUUGUAUGGAAUGAGUGCCUGCCUAUCAAAUUUUGAAACAACUUUUUAAUUGUCAUCGUUGUUUUGUUGUGGUCCUCCUAAGAAUAUUUUGCAUUUUUCUAAGUUAAAGAUCAUAGCUUCAUGACUUAAUCUUUGGACUGGUUUUCCCCACUUAUAUGAGAAGAACUAAUGAUGCCCUGUGGAGCAUACCUUUUCAGGACUCAAGGAGUCUAAAAAAAAAGAAAAGAAAAAUGAGUCAGAACUUCUGCCUGUGAGUCUGAGUCAGCUUAGUGUGUUAAAAAAAAUAAAAAAGAAAAGAAAAAAAAAAGCCGUGUGAGAAGACCUGCCUGGAAAAACUGCUGAAUGGAAAGACUUGUGAGCAGCUUAUAGAUAUUGAGGCAGAUGAAGAAUUUUCAUGUCUUUUCAGAAAUGGUUAGCAGCCACUCAUAACAGUCCUGUGACGUCACAGAAAUCUUGACUCCUGCUUGUCCUUCUCAUUCUCCUUUAAGCCCUUCCCUCCUCCUUUUCAUAUAGGACCUGAGCACAAGAGGGGCAGGAAGAGAAAAGGGCUGCUCACAGGAGGACAGAAGGCAGGGUGUAGCUGUUACUCUACCUGGCGGGCCAUGUUUCGCCACAAAUCAGGUGGUCUUUUUGGAGGAGAUGGCACUCAGUAAGGGAGGCUUCUUGAGUGCUUGACUACCGCUAGCAACUCAGAAUGUGGGACCGCUGGAAGGAAAAACACCCCUGGAUGGGGCGAAGGAAAGCAAUCUCCCGGGCAGGCCUCCAGCAUCUGGCUCCUGCACAUCCCCUCAGCCUUCCUGUGGCAAAUGGUCCAGCCAAGGAGCCCAGAGCGACUUUGGACUGGAGUGAGAAUGCCGUGAAUGGAGAACACCUGUGGCUGGAGACCAACGUCUCGGGAGACCUCUGCUACCUGGGAGAGGAGAACUGCCAAGUCAGAUUUGCAAAAUCAGCUCUCAGGAGGAAGUGUGCAGUCUGUAAAAUCGUCGUUCACACCGCCUGCAUUGAGCAGCUAGAAAAGAUUAAUUUCAGAUGUAAACCAACAUUUCGAGAAGGAGGCUCAAGGUCGCCAAGAGAAAAUUUUGUGCGUCAUCACUGGGUGCACAGGCGUCGGCAGGAGGGGAAGUGUAAGCAGUGUGGUAAGGGCUUCCAGCAAAAGUUCUCCUUCCACAGUAAAGAGAUUGUGGCUAUCAGCUGUUCCUGGUGCAAGCAGGCGUUUCACAAUAAGGUGACCUGCUUCAUGCUGCAUCACAUUGAGGAACCCUGCUCCCUGGGGGCUCAUGCUGCUGUUAUUGUCCCGCCCACUUGGAUCAUUAAGGUGAAGAAACCUCAGGGCUGUAAGCUUACUCAGAGCUCACAUAGAUGCGCCCAGGUGAUCUCCAUACCAGGAGAUGAACUUGAACUUGGUUGGGCGGGAGACGAACCUGGUUGGGCGGGAGACUGGAGCCCCUCAGAGAAUUUGGGAUUCUUCCAUUUUUACUGGGAGGGUUGGCAGAACUCCCUGAAGGCUUCAAAUCGAAAGAAGAAGAGAACAAGUUUUAAAAGAAAAGCCAGUAAAAGAGGGAUGGAACAGGAGAACAAAGGUCGUCCUUUUGUGAUAAAACCCAUCUCUUCUCCUCUCAUGAAACCCUUGCUUGUAUUUGUGAAUCCCAAGAGUGGAGGCAACCAGGGAACCAAAGUCCUGCAGAUGUUCAUGUGGUACCUGAAUCCACGGCAAGUCUUUGAUCUCUCUCAGGAAGGACCAAAAGAUGCGCUUGAAUUGUAUAGGAAAGUCCCAAAUCUGCGAAUUCUGGCCUGUGGUGGGGAUGGAACGGUGGGCUGGAUCCUUUCCAUCCUGGAUGAACUGCAGCUGAGUCCUCAGCCUCCUGUGGGGGUCCUUCCUCUAGGGACUGGGAAUGACCUGGCUCGAACUCUCAACUGGGGAGGGGGCUACACUGAUGAACCUGUUUCUAAGAUCCUGUGCCAAGUGGAAGAUGGGACGAUCGUACAGCUAGAUCGCUGGAACCUCCAUGUGGAAAGAAAUCCUGACUUGCCUCCAGAAGAACUUGAAGAUGGCGUAUGUAAGCUCCCUCUGAAUGUUUUCAAUAACUACUUCAGCCUCGGAUUUGAUGCUCAUGUCACACUGGAGUUUCAUGAAUCCAGAGAAGCCAAUCCAGAGAAAUUCAACAGUCGUUUUCGAAAUAAAAUGUUCUAUGCAGGGGCAGCUUUUUCUGACUUCCUACAGAGAAGUUCUAGAGAUCUAUCCAAACAUGUGAAAGUUGUCUGUGAUGGAACAGAUCUCACCCCAAAGAUUCAGGAACUGAAGUUCCAGUGUAUAGUAUUUUUAAAUAUACCCAGAUAUUGUGCUGGCACAAUGCCCUGGGGAAACCCAGGAGAUCACCACGAUUUUGAACCUCAGCGUCAUGAUGAUGGCUAUAUUGAAGUCAUUGGAUUUACCAUGGCCUCUUUGGCAGCCCUGCAAGUUGGGGGCCACGGAGAGAGGCUACACCAGUGUCGAGAAGUCAUGCUUUUAACUUACAAAUCCAUCCCCAUGCAAGUGGAUGGGGAGCCCUGCAGGUUGGCCCCAGCUAUGAUUCGGAUCUCUCUGAGGAAUCAGGCCAACAUGGUACAGAAGAGCAAGAGGAGAACAUCCAUGCCUUUACUCAAUGAUAUUCAUCAGGUGCAAACUGCGGACCUGCGGCGAGUGUCUGCUCCCCCUGGCUCCUUCACCAUUCCCCAGUCUGUCCCAGAUCGUCUGAGGAUCCGGGUGAACAAAAUCAGUUUACAAGACUAUGAAGGAUUCCACUAUGACAAAGAGAAACUCCGGGAAGCUUCGAUACCUCUGGGUAUUCUAGUUGUGCGUGGAGACUGUGAUUUGGAGACGUGCCGUAUGUACAUAGACCGCCUACAGGAGGACCUACAGUCAGUUUCUUCUGGCUCCCAGAGAGUUCAUUACCAGGACCAUGAAACCUCCUUCCCCAGGGCUCUCUCAGCACAGAGGCUUUCCCCUCGGUGGUGCUUCCUAGAUGCAACUUCUGCUGAUCGCUUUUAUCGAAUAGACAGAUCUCAGGAACAUUUGCACUUUGUGAUGGAGAUUUCCCAAGAUGAGAUUUUUAUUCUGGAUCCAGAUAUGGUGGUGUCACAGCCAGCGGGGACACCUCCGGGCAUGCCUGACCUGGUGGUGGAGCAGGCCUCGGGGAUCUCAGACUGGUGGAAUCCUGCCCUGCGGAAACGCAUGCUGAGUGACAGCGGGCUGGGGAUGAUAGCUCCCUAUUAUGAGGACUCAGAUCUGAAAGAUCUCAGCCACUCCCGCGUGCUACAGUCACCAGUCUCUUCAGAAGAUUAUGCAAUUUUGCAGGCAGUAAUAGCUGGUGAUCUUAUGAAGCUAAUAGAAAGCUAUAAAAAUGGAGGCAGUCUGCUAAUUCAGGGACCAGACCACUGUUCACUCCUUCACUACGCAGCUAAAACCGGCAACGGGGAGAUUGUGAAAUAUAUCCUUGACCACGGUCCUUCUGAGUUAUUGGAUAUGGCAGACAGCGAAACGGGUGAGACUGCACUGCACAAGGCUGCCUGCCAGCGGAACCGGGCUGUGUGCCAGCUUCUGGUGGAUGCAGGAGCGUCUCUGAGAAAGACGGACUCCAAGGGUAAGACACCUCAAGAGAGAGCACAGCAGGCUGGGGACCCAGACUUGGCUGCUUACCUAGAAAGCCGUCAGAACUAUAAGAUCAUUGGCCAUGAGGACCUGGAAACUGCUGUUUGACCCUGGAAUUUGGGCAAAGAGAAUGUGAGCAAGUGUAUCACAUCUGCCCUCCCUGCGAUCGGGCAACUCCCCUGGAAGAAGCUGAUGGAAUUCAUAUAUCUGUCUCUCUCCUGCAAGAAUCUACCUGAGACCAUGCCACUAGUUUUUAAGGGCUACCAGGAUGUACAACAGAACAUGAUAGCCCAUUGAGAAGGAGGCAGGAUACCUGGAGAUUUGUGGAAUACAGUGCGAGUUCCACAAAAUUUGAUCCUUAUUGCUUCCAGCAAGUAGCAUGAACUUCUGUGUUCACCUGUAUAAUUUAUUUUAAAGAUUCAAAGGAUGUUUGUAUAAAUGGCACUGCUCCCUCCUCCCCCUAUGCAUUGAUUUUUUUUCCCUGUUCCAUACAAUUCUACUGUAACUACCCAUCAACUUAAAAAUAUAUUAUCUCUUCUCUUUACAUUCAAUCUUGGAAGACCACAAGAUUGUCUGAAGGCCUUCUAAAAUCCUCUGAAUGUCCUGCAGAAAUACAACUGUAAAACCACCUCCAUUUCCAAGACUAAAUAUGUCAAGACUAUUUAGUGACUCUCUCUGCAUGUCCUCCCCACCCACCCAACCCUCCGUUUCAUUAUAUAGGAGCUGGGAAGUGCCACAUGGAUAAUGUCAACUUGUGUGCUAUAUCUCUGAGGAUUGGUGAGGUGGCAUGGGAGAUGUCUGUGCUUGGAGGUACCUCAGAGGGGUAACCCAGGGGUCAGCCAGGCUGCUGGGCUGUAGCCAAUAGCCAUGCAGGACUGGUUCAGCUUGGGCUGUCUGUACAGCUCCGUACUGCCUAUGUGUAGCCAUCUUUGCCUUUUGCUGCAAUAGAAGAUGAGCAAAGGAUUAAACAGAGGCCCACAGCUAGUCUGCAGAACCAUUCAAUUCUAAGUGCUGUUUAAAUUGCCCAGGAGAAAAUCAUGUGUGGGAACUGUGGUUCCGGAAAAUGGAGCACUCUAACAAUGCUUACUUCUAAGCUUUGUUGAAUGAUAAUAGAAAGCAGCCUAAUUGACUUGAAAACAAAAAAAGCAAAAGCAAAAGUAGCAACAUAUGUCAACAUAUGUCACUGAAAUAGAGAAGAGCCAUUGGAAUGUUGCACAGAGGCUAACAGCUAUAGACUGUUGGAUACAGUGGUGAGAGGGACCCCAUUUUAGGUUUUUCAUUUAGGAUUUUGGUUUUCAUUACUCCAAGGAAUCCUUGAUUCAAGGACAAAAGCUCAUUGUAUGAGUUCCACUGCCAGAUUUAUGGGAUGCCCAGAUAAUUCAGAAGGAUACUUCAACUAUUAUUUGUCAGGUCCAAAGAUUGUACUUGAUAACCCCAUUUUCUAUGUAUGGGGUACUCUAAUAUAUUAUUUUAUCUACUUUAUUUUCCCCUUUCAGAAAGUCCUUAGUGCAAACCACUGUGGGAAUCUAGCUAGAAAUGUCUUUCAGAUAGUUAGAGCUACAACAUCUAAACCUGCCACAGAUCGAAUGGUACUUACAGGUACUUCUAUUAGGGACUCUGUGAUACCUAAAAUAUCAGAAGAAAAUGUCUGUCUAACUUUCUCUCCAAAUAUCUACUUGACUUUGGGGUAAGUCAAAAAUAAAAGUGGGUGUCCAAGGGUUUUGCUUUUGGCGAAAUCUGAUGUCUCCUGAGCUUAUUUCCAUUUUGUCCUUGGACACAGCAAAGUGCUUCCCUACUGUUUCUGCAAGUGACCAUGAAUGAUGAUGUCUCUACAUUUAAUUUGAAGGUCUAAUGGUGACAUUUUGCUUAUCUGAGUCUCAUUUCAGUCACAUAUCAUCAUUUUGAAAGUACAGCUAUGAUGUAUCAUAUUAAAUAGGAACAGCCUUUCAGUGGAUGAGGAUUCUAUUACCACAAUCUCUCCAUAGUCAUUUCAAAAUCAAAUUGUUGGUGGGAAGAUGGAUUGGGUGGUGAGUGAUCUAUGUUCAUUUAUCAGCCUCAGAAAUGGAACUAUCUUUUGGAUAUUACAGGAGGGACUGCAGCAGAUUGUUUCCAGAAGCUGGAAAAAUAUGCUCCAGGAGAAUUUAAUCACUGGACUUUUGCUGGGAGAUUUUUAGUUGGUGGAACUGUCAAGGAAAUGUGAUGACAGAAAUAUGAUCCUUAAGACAGACUGGAACCUGGCUUUGAAUGGCAUCUUCCAUUCCCUGGAUUGAGCCAAACAUUUGGCUAAGCAGUCAGUUCCCUAGUUAUUACUGCUGGGAUGAAGAACUCUGUUUUCCUCAACUGCCGUCUCACAUUUCUCCGUGAAUGCUUCCAAAUAGCCCAGAGAAAAUUUAGGGUCUAGGUGGCAAUGGGCCAAUUUAAAUAGUUCCAAUUGAGGACAUAAAUCUGUGGCAUGAAAAACGAUGAGUUAGUACUAUAAGAUCUCUGAUGCAUCUGGAAAUCAUUUAAAAAAAGGGCAUUAGAGUUCUAUAUUAUUUGUGGAGACCAAUAUUUGACAUAUCUCUUUGAAAAAAGCAAGUACCACUAGGACUUGGAAUUUCCAAACUAAAGUGAGCAGAGUAACCACAUAUGUUAUGGAUUUAACAUUAAACUACCUCCUGUAGCAUUUUUUAAAAAUUGGCCCUGAGCUUUAGAAAGACCUAAGACCUUAUGGUCUAGCUCUUAUGAGUUUCCAUCUCAACUUAAGUAUAUUGUCUCCCCUCUAAUGGGGCAUCAGGAAGUAGAAAAGCAAGUGGUCUAGUCCUGGUCUGAAGAGCUGCAUAACUUUAACAGACAUAAAAAGACGUACCCAUAGAAAUAUCAUUUCUACAAAGACUACUGAGACAGAGCUGCAAGAGACAGCUAGCUCAGCUGACUCCUCUGUGUUUGUUUCUUUGUGUUGGGAUUCCAUUUUUAGAUGAGGUUGAUAGAAGAAUGGAAAAUUAAGUGUUAUUAAAAGACAACAUUCUGUAACCUGAAAGGUAGUCAUGUUUGCAAGUGAUCUAUGUUCAUUAAUAUUGUUCAUUUAACAAAAUAGAACACAGUUAAACUGUGUUUAUCAUAUUCAUGGACUUUAUAAAGAAUAAGAGAGAAGAUUAGUAAGCCAACAAUGAAAUAAUUACCAUGACUAGGAAUUUUGCUUUGAGAGUUUGUUUCCUCUGUAGAUGUGAUAACCAAAAACCAAUGCAAUUUUUGAAAAAGGAUUUAGCUGGCAAAUGCACAGUGAUGAAAUUAGUAAUAACUUGUGGAAAGUCACACGUACCUGUUGCUCCAUAUCCAUUCAAAAUGGCCACUUUGGCAGAUUUGCCUGUGCUAGGAGCUACUCAGCAUCACUUCAUUUUCAUUUGGAGCUAGUGAGAGUCCCUUUGCCAAAUGAAUUCCUAAAAUUUAUUUAUUUACUAGAACCCUCAUAUUAUUCAUGGCUUAAAACAUGACACAGCAUCUUCAUUUUAUUACAUGUCAAUUUUAUUAAUAUUUAGGGUUUUUGUUAUUAAAAUGGCAGAUGAUUUUUAUAAAAUGUUUUAAUGCUGCAGAUGAGUGUCACAUCCAAAGCCAAGGCAUCCUUUUGUUCUGGUGUUGUGUCCAACUUCCCAAAAAUAAAUACUGUUAACACUGAUGAACGUUGCUGCUUGUACAUGAUGUCAGAAAUACUCCAUCUGUUCAUACACAAGCAUUUCUGUAUAUAUGCAUACACAUUCACACAGAUAUAUAGACAUUUAUUUAUAUACAUAUACAUGUAUGUAUACCAUAUUCAUGUAUAUUGCAUAGGUUUAGAAAAGAGGAAACAUUUUAAAAGCAUGCUGAUCAUUUGUAUAUGUGUAGUAAACACCAACAGGCAAAGACAGAUGAAACACAAUUUCCAUUUAUUUUUUGUUUCCACCAUUGCUAGGCUUAGAUCUGUCAUGGCAUUACUACAAUUGCAUUUGCUAUUUUCUAUUGCCUGUGUCAUAAAAUUCAUGACCUGGAGUUCCUGUAAUUGUUUAUGUUGCCUUCCAUGAAGCAUGAAACCUUCCAUAGCAUCAAGACGUAUCUAAGCUACAUGUGGAUUUCAAGUAAAGGAGAGUGCUUUCCUCUGUGAUGCUUACAUAACUUUACAAGGCUGUUUGUAAAACUACCACUCAGUAGGUUGCCUAACAAUAUUUAAUUAGGGCAGGCCACUGCCAGGAAGGUGUAGUAACUUUGGUGUAGUAUGGGGUCUGAGCAGCUUGUCUUCCUUCCAGAAGUAGCUAAUGAAGUCACUGAGAACAGUAUGAUAUUUUAUUCAGUUAUGCUAUUUAAAACUGGGACUUUAUUAAAGCGGCUCAUCCUAACCAUCAAAUAAAACUACUAAUUGCUCUAUUUAAAUGAAUUAUGUUCAUUUUAGGAAAAGAAGUAGAAGAGCAUCUAUUAGCUUUCUGAUUAAUCUUUAACACUUAUUUAAUAUAAAAUGGCUUCUGCCUGCCUCUUAAUUGAACCAGCGUUGAAUCUCUCAAUUCUUCCCACUCUGAAUCUCAUACUUAGCUGAUUAGAAGUCCUACAGUUCCUUCUCUGCCAGGUCUUUCAGAACAACUUGGACUCUACCCUUUUCUGUGUCCCUGUUAUCCUUCAUCUUUUGUCCCUCAAAAUUUCAGGCCACAGCAACAGUCCUGCCCCUGGACUUUCUGCUUACUACUGUCAAUAAUUUUGUCACACAGCUGCAAAAAUCUUUCCCAGAUAUUAUGCUGAAAAUAGAUCAAAAUGAAGUUACCCUCUGGGACAAAUAUACCUUUUAUUCAAAGGACAGAUAGAUGUCCACUGACCUUGAUCAUCUUAUAGAAUUAUGGUAAGCAUGAUUCUGAAAAGUAAUCUAUCAGGUUUAGCAAAUGUCUGUCUUAGUCACAUGAGAGUAUGCAAUGUGUAAGCCAUGUGCCUCCUUGAUGUCACCUGGAGGACUAGGUUAUAUAUCUUACACUCCUGAGGCCAUCUGUGGAUUUCAGGCUGUCUCCUCACAGCUUAAUGAGAAACUUGAAAAUAAGAAUCAAGAAAGCAGUCAUGCCCUGGACAACCUGCUCUCCUGGGACACUGAGAUUUACUGACUAGGUCCCAGAAAUAAAGCAAAAAAAUAAUUCUUAGGCUGUUGUAGCAUAGAUUUUAUAGUAGAAAUGUGAAAAUGGAAUGGUGUCUUCAUCAUAUAGACUCUAGUCUGUUUACAUAUGUAUUCAGUUAUGCAUGCAAUCAUAUGCCCACAAAUCAAUCAUACAUGCAUUUCAUCAUUAUUUGAAAAAUAUUUGUCACUCUGAUGCAGGCACCAUACUAAAUAUAUAUCAAUUAAUGCAAUAGACAAAAUUCUUGAUUUCAUGGCGCUGGCAUCUAGCAAAAAAGACAAAUUCAAAUGUGAUAAGUUCUGUGCAGGAGAAAUGAAGGGUGUCCAGCAUGGGCUGGAAAUUCAACCAAGGCUAUAUUGUACCAGCUACUCAUUAGCCAGCGGUGUUUAGUUCAAUGAAAACAUAUAUUAACUAGGAAAAGAAUAAUAUUUUUAUUUCCAUUUUAUUGGAGUCAUGAUAGUUUCUUAAAAAUGUAUCUGAAACUAAGAUUUUAAAACAGGACUUAAAAACACUACCUAAUAUGAAGACUAUGACUCAUUUAUUCUAGGUCUCAGGAUAGAACUAGGAAAAAGCAGAGCUUUCGGUGGAUUUUGACUAAACGUUAAGAAGGUGAAGUGUAUAUAAUAUGUAAUAGUGGAGUGGGUAUCACAGAGUUAUAAACUUUCAGCCUCUGGUGGCAUUUAAACAGAGGAUACCUGACUACCUUGACGGGUGUUGUGAUUAGGAAUAUGAGAUUUGAGGGGGCUGAAAUUAGAUGCUGUGAUUUUUCAAAAGAAAUUUUUUAGUGGCUUUGUUGAAUGGCAGGAUUUUAUUUUUAAAACUCAUGAAAAUCUUGAUUUUUUGAUUUUUAAAAUGUUGCUUUAUAACUGAGAAUAUUUAAAAUAUCCAGGGGGAAUGGCCAUUAGUUAUCAUUUAAAAUUUUUUAAACUAAGCAUGAAUUUAAGAGCUAGAGAAAAGAAAACAUACUAAAAGGUGUAAUUUAAGUAUUUAAUUAAGUUUAACUUAUUAAAAAUACUCCUGGAAGCUCAUAAAUUGUGAUCAAUAAUCUUAGUUAUUGUCAAGUAAAAUUCUAUUAGAAAUCUGUCUUACUGUCCAUCCAAUAUAAAAAAGUGCUGUGGUUUGGUAUUUUAAGAGUUAAGUGUAAUCUAAUAUAACCACAGAAGAAAAUUCCGCCUGUGAGAUAUUUGGGAGCCAAGUAAAUGCACAUGAAAGGCAAUCAUGGAAAACUCCUUGGCUUCUGCUACCAGGGUGGCAACCACGAAGGACGUCCAGCCCAUGGAAAUAAGAAAACAGUGAUCUAAGUUUUCACCCGUCUUUCAAAUUUCAGUAUUUUGAGCCAAAUGCCAUCUGAAAUGGGAGGCUUUGCUAGUGGGAAAUACUGAAACUAUCUUUUUCCUCAAACCUUUAGUGAAACACAAUAUAGUUUUCACUCUAUGACAGCUUAAACAACUCAAAUCUAUACUGUUUAAUAAUAACAAUUUCAAGAAUUAAAAAGUUAGUGCUUUAGCAUUAUGUUUUUUGACAUAUUUGAGCUUCAAUACAACCCCAACGAGGUGAAUAAUGCAGAUAACACAUUUUAGAUGAAUGAACUGAAUCUCAGCAGAGUGAAUUCAGCCUGUGUAGAUUCAUAGAGCAAAUGAUAGUGCUGCAGCCAAAACUGGGUCUUUAGAGAUUACAUAUUAACAUGUUUUCUAAGUAAGUCAUUUUCCAUCAUUGCCUUCAAGGAUGUUUUAUAUCACUUGUUCAGAUUUCCAUGAUAUAGAAGGUGCCUCCAUAAAAAAAUGUUUACCUAAGAUUCUACAGAAAGAAUGAGUUAGAAGUAAGGGAGAGUAUGAAAUCAAGAAGUCAGAGUUUGUGCUAUCAGAGAGAGAUUUGUCAGCUUGUACAUAGUUCAAGGAAAGAAAAGUCAAAUGUUUGCAUACCAGAGUAGAUUUCAAGAGAUUAAAUUAACAGUGAGGGUUAAUGACUUCAAGUUUUUUGUGAUUCUCCACAUUAUAAAACGUUAGUCCUAUUUUUUUCCUUGGAAAUCACUAUUAGGAUGAUAUAAUUUCAAAACGCUAUACCAAAAAGAAUUAAAAAUGGCCCCGACAUUGAAGGCUCUAUUGUUCUAAGUUUAUGGAUGGGUAUGCAAGCUAAGUGUUAUGAUAAUAUAUAGUCACAUAUAUAGAGGCUUAACACACCUAUGGGAAGUUCUGGCGUACUUGAGAAGAACAAACAGACUUGAAAUAUCCUUCAAUUCAGAAUCUCAUACUUCACAAGGGACGUUUAUGGGCAGAUUGGUGAAUAUGUAGAAGGAGGAUGUUUGAUUUGGAAAAGAGACAAAAUUGGAUUAGGAAUAAGAAUAUGUAGAGGAGAUAGGUUAAGUAGGACUGUUAGAUUCAAGUUCUACAGGGAAGAUGACUUGUAGAAUAAAAUAAGGCAAGAAGAGAGCAGGAACACAUGAAAAGGGGUUAGCUUUAUUACUUGUAAGAAUUUAUUUUUUCCUAAACAUUGCACCCAGAAAAAUAGAUUGGACUUUCUGAAAAAUAGAGUGAAGGUGUUAUCACUGUUUCUUCUAGUAUUUAAGUGAAGAUUGAACAACUAACUCAGAGAUCACGUAAAAGCAAAUCUUUAAGUGUGGGUGCUCUUGGACUAGAAAAGACCUGUGAGAUUUUCUUGGUUUAAAUUUCUGUAAUUUUAGACCAGAACAGAACUCAAUUAGAGCCUAUUUUUUUCCCCAAGUUCCUGCCAAAUAGAUAGCAAUGAAGGCAUUUUUUUUUUAAAAAAAGCCUCCAUUAUUGCAAAUAUAUCCCCAAUCAUUUAGAAGCAGGGAUUUCAUGACCCUAAAAAGUUGCCUUGCCUACACAAACACAGCUUGCUUUAGCAGAAACAUUUUUUUUUUAGAAGAUUUGAGAAUUGGCAAAAUUGCCAGCCAGUUUUCAAACCUCCUAAAAAAGAUAUGUUUAUACUAAAGCAAAAAGGUCACAAAUUCAGGAGUUAAAGUGAAAACAAAGGAUUUAAUGUUCUUUUCCCUACUUACUACCCAUUUGUCAUUUGGGGUAUAGAGUCAGGACUGGAGAAGAGGGUGGGAAAUUCUGUACCCUCUACUAAUACAGAGGCAUGGAAGCACUUUCCAUAAUUUUUGUCGUGAAACAAGACUUAACCCCAUAUCAGUAGGCUAAUGUUUCUGUCAUAUUCUGCUUAGGUGGAUUACAGUUUUAAUUGCCUGUCACCUUUUAACCCUGUAAUACAGCUUGAUUUCCUAGAUUUCAGGUUGACUGGGUGAGGAAGGAAGUCACUUGAGAUAAUUUUAAGAAAUGAGCCCAUAUCCAGAGUCUUGUAGGAAAGACCUGCUUCUACUCCAUCUUCUUUCUUGUCCUACUUCCUGUCUCUGGUUUUGGGAAAUAAAAGAGGAGCAGAGUUAUGAAGAAAGGAAAAGAGAUUCUCAAAAGUAGUACAAUAAGAAGACUCUGGUCUUAACACAAAUUCUCAUGGCAGCUCUCAAAUAAAUGACUUAUAGUGUCAGCAAAUACUGAAAAUCAAACUCAGGAAAGAAAGAGUAAGCUUGUUCAAAGUGGCUUCAAGGGGUAUUAGUGGUGAAAAUUUCAGUUUAUGCAGCGUAGAAAAAUUAGAUUAUGUGUAGAACUUGGGGAAAAUAGUGUCAACUAAUAUAACUGUUUAAUGGAGGUUUCUAAAGGAUGAGGUGGUUUUGGAAGAAGUUUGUCCAACCUCUUAUAGUAGGUUACGCCUGUCCACAAACUUGUCCCUGAUAAAGUUUGAGAAAAAUAAGGAACUUUUAGGGAGUUUUUUCCCCCACAAAUCUAAAUAUAUUCACUUAAAAAUUCAGAGACAGUAACCUUGUUAUUUUGGGAUUAAAUAUAAACUUUCUUCUUAAAAGUGAUAGAUAUAUGUUUAAAAAUUGUCUUUACUCUUUACUUAUAAACCAUACACAUACAGAUGUGAUAGUCCUGUCAGUUUACCCUAUUUUUCAUUUCAAAUUUAGAGUUAAUUCUCACAAAUGUGUUGAUGAGACUUAUCACUUUUAAGAUACCAUCUAGCCUUGAUAUUUAUUGUACCUUCUGUAUGAAACCAAAUGGUUCCUGAUCUUCUGGGUUUAUUCACAGCAAAGAAUUUUUAUUUGCCACUCUCCCCACUCAUCAUUGGUUGGAUUGAGACUCUAAUUGCAUAUAAGCAUAAUUUCCAAUGCAAGAAGAACUUUGAUGUUUCCCUGACUUACUGAUUGCAGGUUGGGAAAGUUAGGAUUCUUGCCAUCCUGGGGAAGGAGAUAUAGAACUCUCAUAGACAAAAUAUUCUAACAUAACAGAAUAUUUUGCAAAACCCAUCUUUGAAAAGUUAGGGGCCAAAAUAGUCUCAGCAAAGGUCAGCUUGGCUGUUUUUUUAAAAUUCCCAAUGGUUAAGUGGGCAACCAUGAAUCUGAAUAUUAUACAGACUACAGCUGUUUGAAAGUGAGGAAAACCAUUCUUGUGAAAAAUUAAGGAAUGGAGGACAAUCUUGGUUUUAAAAGAAUGAAUGUAUUUGAUUUAAUUUGAUUUCUGAGUGGAGAAAAGUUCUCCAGCAUCCAGGGUACCCUUGGCUGUGGGUAUUCCACUCACGAAGGCUACAUCUGUAUGAAGAGUUGCAGUCACAUUAUAAAGGGCUUUUUCAUGAUUUCUGAUUUUGCCCUAUCACAUCCCAGAGCCAUGCUUUUGCAAAGCUGCCAGCUGGCAGGUGGAAUCCAUAAACAAGUAGCAGCUGUGGCAGUAGAAAGAUGAAGUUUUAUUUCCAGGUAAAGUAGGAUUCAGAUAAUAUGAAGUGGAGGGAGGGUGGGUGGAGGGGGGAGGGGGGAUGGGAAAGGGAAGAAUGAAGUUUUUUGUAACAAAGUCAUAAAGUAUUUUUCCCUAAUUUUCUUGCAUUUCCUAUUUAUAUAAAGUAUCUUGAUCACUGUGUUGCUCAACAGAGAUUUUCAAUGGAGUUAAUUUGGGAGACUGAACUAAUCUCUGAAAAAGAAAUUGACUAGUUACAGUUACUUUUUGGACACUUUUUCUGUAUUGUGAAUUGUGUGGAAAUGUACAGAAUAAAAAUGAAGAAAUAUA